AUGAGCGCUGCGGGGCCUUUGCCGCCGCCAUACCCUUCAUCCUCGCAACCUAAUGGCCGUUCGACAAAUACAAACGGCAGUGGCGAGCGCGUCUUUGCGCACAUACAGGAUCUCCAGGCGGAGGCCCUGACGGACUUCUCGCCUCAGCAGUCGGUGGGCACAUUGCUGAACCGCGCGGAGACGGCUUUGGCGCAGGCAAAGACGUACAUCGAUUUCCGUCGCCCAGACCUUGCCUUUGUGAACUACCUCAGAGCCUACGAGAUUGCAGUCGAUGUUCUGCCGAGGCACAAGGACAAGACACACUUUAUUCACGAUCAACAUGGAGAAGAGAAGUUGCGGCUGUUACAGCGGAGGAUCAACUCGAUGGACGAGCAGUUUGAGAGCAUCAAGAAGAUCAUUGUGAAUAACAACAGCCGAUCUGGCGUACAACCAAAGAGCCAACUACGACAGACACAAUCGUCCGGUCAUGUCCGAGCGGAGUCCACUAGUGCCAUGGCACUUUCUGGCGCUCAUAAAGUGAAGCCAUCGGUUUCCCCCAAGCCAGAAAAGCUUCAUGCCAGAGCAGUCUCACAGGCACCCACUGGCACGGAUGGCUCGCUCUCAUCGCCGACUGCAGACGCCUUGAACGACCGAUUUGCCAAGCUGCGAGGCAUUGGACAAGCCGAUGCUGCCAAAAGGCCAGACUCCAGAGGAUCAACCUCCUCGGUCCACAAUUUGGCCAUGCCAACCGCUAGUGAAUAUGGCGGUGGGUUCGAUGUCUUUGGCGGACCACUCUCGAGCAAACCGCUGGGACCUCGUGGUAUGCCGGAUGCUGGCCCGGGUCGACCAUCCAAGUUGCCACUAGAUACGGAACUUGCUGCGGCCAUGCCCAAAGCGCCCAGUCCAACAUACAGUCCUGCCCGUAAUAUGCAGGUCACAGGGAACAUCGCACCACCUAGGCACAGUGCACGCAGUCUUGCAGGUUCCAGUAGUCGAAAGUCGUCUUUGGCUCCGACACCGACCGCAAUGACACCUAACGGCACGGGAGGUGAUUACUUUUCGAACAUGCAGACCACAGGAUUCGUGCCGGGCCAAAUGCCGCGAAGGAAGUCUGUGCAUAUGCCCAAGGAGACUCGCAUUGGGGCUGAAAGGCUAUACGACUAUCUGGAACGAUUCAACAUCCUAUUGAUCGACUUUCGGUCUCGAGAGGAGUUUGAUCAGGGUCAUAUCUUCACACGAAACAUACUGUGCGUCGAUCCAUUGACCACGCGCCAAGGCAUCAGCGCUUCGGAAUUAGCCGAUAAAUUGGUUCUGUCGCCUGAGGAAGAGCAAGAACUCUUCCAUGAUAGAGACAAGUUUGAUCUGGUUGUGUAUUACGAUGACCACACGCAGUCAGAAAGCUACAUCUCAAGGCCGACUAGCGAUGCAGAGACGAAGUUGCAGUAUCUCCAUGAAGCGCUGUACGAGUUCAACCACGAUAAGCCUUUGCAAAGACCACCGAUUCUUCUCAUUGGCGGCAUCAGCGCCUGGGUUGAUCUGAUGGGUAACCAAGCAUUGCUGAUGUCACAGACGCAAGCCAGAGUGAAACAAGGCCGUCCGCUCCAACGGCGGCCACCACCGCGAGACGGUCCAAUGCGACCACCAAAGCGACGGUUGAGAGAAUACAAUCCACUAGAUCCCGAGGAAGAAAAGAAGUGGCGGGAUCGUGCCAAGAGCGAGAGUGUUCCGGAGACGCCAGCUUUCACGCGCUCCAGCGAAGACGAGGACGACGAUGAUGAGGACGGAGAUGCUUUGCAAAAGUACCCGAACAUUGAUGACUUCAAUGCUCGAUUCCCAGAAGCUGGUUCAUUGGGAAAGCAGGUCACCAACGGUGUGGCCGCUCGACAAGUCCCCGACCGACCUGGGAAGAUACCGGUAUAUCCAGCAGCGCCAUCGCCUUCAGUCUACCCCCCUGUGCCCAGUCGACCAGCACCAGCAGCGCCGCGCAUGAGCUACACUGGUGUCAGCGACAGAGUUGUGUCUCACACAACGCCAACUACCAGAUCGUCGAGCUCUUUGAUCCCGUACAUUCCAACAAAGUACCUCUCCUCCAAUCUUCGCCUGCCGAGAACGGGCCUCGUCAACUUUGGCAGCACUUGUUACAUGAAUGCUACUCUCCAGGCGUUAUCCGCGACCACACCGCUGUCCAUCCUCUUUCUGGACGAUCAAUUCAAAAGUCUCGUGCAAAAGGACAACUGGAAAGGGAGUCGUGGGUUACUCCCUGACAUUUACGCGAACACCGUGCGAUCUUUGUGGAAGGGGGACAUGAACUGCAUCAAGCCGACCACACUGUUCAACUUUGUGGGACGACUCAAUAGCAUGUUCCGUGAUCCUGGCCAACAGCAGGAUGCACAAGAGUUCUUCAGCAUGAUUGUGGAUGUGCUUCACGAGGACUUCAACGCAAUGUGGGCACGCACACCGCUACGUGCCUUGACAGAUCAGGAAGAACAGAAGCGCGAGCGGAUGCCAAAGAUCCAUGUUGCAAAAACAGAGUGGGGUCGGUACACUCACCGUGAGAACUCGUUCCUCACUUCACUGUUCUACGGCCAGCAGUCCUCGAGGCUAAAGUGCCCGCAAUGCGGUCUCACCAGCACUCAAUACGAUGCUUGGGCGCUUCUUCAGGUCGAAAUACCUGACUGUCGCGAGGCCAACAUCCAAGACUGCUUUCGCCAGCAUUUCAAGGAUGAACUACUUGACGAGGACAAUCGGUGGACCUGUCCCAACUGCAAGGCACCGCGGCGUGCCUGGAAGAAACUCACCAUGACUCGUGCGCCACCGUUCCUUGUUGUCGGGCUCAAGCGCUUCAAGACGAACCCCCGCACUGGCGACCAGAGGAAAAUACACACUGCUGUGCGCUUCCCACUUGACGGGCUAGAUAUGGAAGAGUUCAUGUUGCCGCAGCCGUCUCCUCAGGAGGCGCAAGCUAUAGCAAGCACAUAUGGCGCCGAAGCACUGAAGACGGAUGUGACACUUACACCACCUUAUACGUACGACGCAUAUGCUGUAGUACGGCACAUGGGCGAGUCGACACGAAGUGGUCAUUACACUGCUGCAGUCCGAGAUAAAGUCAGGAACUGCUGGCGUUAUUUCAACGACACGAGUGCGCAGGACUUCGACCCGAGGACAUUGAGCUCGUCGAAAGCUCUGGACAAUGAUCAGGCAUACUUGGUAUUCUACCAGAGGCGAUCGCCGAAUGAGGCCGCAACACCAAACAAGUUCUGA